CUUGGAAAUAUACACAUCACCCACUCGCUCCGUCUAAAGCGAACAAAUCUCAUCAUGGACGACUCCGACGACUUCGAGAUAGACCCAGCCAUGGCGGAGGCAAUGGGCUUCACAAAGUUCGGCGGACAGAAGAGGAAAUAUCGAGAUGACGCAGUCGUCGACUCGCCAUCGAAUGCGAACUUUACACCAAAGAAAGCCACUGGAAGUGCAAUACCCGACCAUUCGAAACCGGUUUCAGCGGUGACAGCCACUCCCAGUCACGGCGAGAAGGCUGCAGUGCAAUCCGAUGGCCGAAACACUGUUCCGGUGGAUAAUACCGCCAUCGCCUCGGGCGUGGAUGGUGACGACGAAAAGAGCUUGCAAGCGCUCCGGCAGGGUGUGCGUAAUGCGAAUGGCGACAUGGUGUAUUUCUUGCCGAGCUUUCUCGAGGAUCCGUGGAGACGUUUGAAGCCGACAUGAGCGCACCCACAACGAGUUCACUUCCAAUGAGCAGGACCAUGAUUUUGCGUUUGGUCCCAAUCGAUGCAACAUCUAUUCCCGCCGGACUGCAGGACUUGAUUCAAGUCUAUACCUCAACAGCGACUGAAUAAAGCACUGGACAAGGCCGCUCAAACGAACUUCAACCUGGGUGUUGGAG